AUGUCACUUGUUUCCACUGUGAACGACCAAGAACGUAAUGAAAUUCUUCUUGCGGGUGCGAAGACUGGUAGCAGCAUCCGCGAUAGGAAAGGUGGGGUUUAUCAGACUUCAGGAGAACCUUUGAGCAAAGAGGCGCUCUACAGAGCCAAGUUGAAAUAUGGAGUGUAUGAGUCCCCAGCUACCAAGACGAGUACUGGAGUUGUCGAGCCAAGAAUGGCAUCAGACAUCGCUGCGAACUUGGCAAAUGACAAUAAAGUGGUUAUCACGGCUUACAAGAGACUUUAUGUGGACCCAGGUGCUGCCAGCGCAGCAACCAAAGUUGGUGUCAGGGGUUUGGAGCCCGUGAAAAAGAUAGAAGUGGCAAAAAUCCACGAGGGUUCACAGUCAGCAGCAACCAGAGCUUAUUCACUGGUGUCCAACGAUAGUAGGACCAAAAAAGUUACAAAGAGUGGUAGUUCAACUGCAAGCCGUAGUAGAGCACACUCUUUAUCGUCUGCGACACACGCCUACAAUGCAAACGCACAGGCUGUGAGCGCCCAGCAGGAAAAGGUCAACCCAAAACCAAAGCCAUUGAAUAUGUCUAAAGUUCUUUCCGGCGCUGAAAGACAAGCUGAAAAGAGAAUUCAUGACAGGACAACACCUUCUCGCGAGAACUUUUCUUAUGGUCUGAGAACUGAUGCUCCAAAUAAAGCAGCGGGCAAUAGCGUCCUAUUGACCAAGGAAGCCUUGCAAAGAAUGUCUUCUAGAAUCGAAAGUUCGGUUAUCGAAAGGGAAGCUGAUCCUUACAGACUUGCUGAAAAUGCAGCAUUUGCAGUCAGGAACAUCGAUCCUAAAACUUUGAUGGAUCCAGAAUAUCAAGAAAAUGAGAAAAAAAGAGAGGAGUACUUGAAAUUGUUAACUUCACAGCAAGUUCUGGCAAGAGCCCGAGAAAAUGCUGAGAAGGAGCUUAAGUUGAUUGAAGCAAUGGAUCAUAACAAGUUAUUGUUUGGCAACGAAAAAUUCAAUGAAGCUGCUCUGGAACAUGUAAAGAAGAAUAAUGAAAAGAAAUUACCUUAUCAAAAUAAGAUUAAUAUGGGUGGCGGGUUAUGGCUAGCCCCAGAUGAAAUUGAUAACAUCGCCAAGAAUAUGGUUUCACCUCUAUUGGGAGAGGUCUCAGAAAGAGCUGACAAUCAACGUGCAACGGACUUGGAUAUCAAGGAAAGAACUGACGCUUACAAACAAGGUUAUGCUGAAUGGAUAUCUUUGCAGACGACUAAACUGCGUAAUAACGAAACGUACGUUGCAAGUUCUGAAUCUAGAAUUGCUAAGGAAAAACAAGGGGCACAGGACAAGGCAACCAAAAGGUUUGCCUCAUUGAUUAGGAAAAAUGAUGAAAAACUUGCUGAAAUAAACAAGGAAUUGGAAGAAACCACACAACUUCAAUCUAAUCUGGAAACCGAACUACAGCAAUUGUUGAAAUCAAAAGCUAAAGAGAAUGAAGCGAUGAUAGCAAACUUUGACCAGAGUAUUGACAAAGAUUUGGAAGAGGCGCGUAAAGAACAAGAAGAACUAUUGAAACCGUAUCAUGAUGCCGUUCAAGAAGCAGAAGAAGAGCAUGAAAGAUUAAUUGCUGAAAAGGAGACAAUCAAUAUCGAAAUUUCAAAACUCCAUAAGUCUAUCGACAAUCACAAUGUUAUGUUGUUGAAAUAUCAAAGAGGUAUUGUGAGCUAUGACGAGCAGCAAGAGCAGGAAAUUGGAAAUUUGGAAACACUUGGCCAGACAAAAGAUGAAUUACAUGAAGAUUUAAAUCUUAAUGUUAUUAAGCAAGCUAGAGAAGUUAAAGAACAAGCGGCAAUAUCCACGGAAGAAGCUCGCUUAAAGCAGUUAGAAGUCGAAAUGAUAGUAAACGAACGUAAAAGUCAAUUGAACGCGACAGAAAUUGAGUUGAAGAAGGAACAAUUGAAAAUGCUGGAGGUAAUGAAGGAUGCCGCAGAAGCGCGUGGUGACGAAAAGCUGGAUGAAGAAAGAAUCAAGGUAUUGAUUGGGAUGCCUUAUGAUGAGUUCAUCAAGCAGCACAAAGAUUUACAAACUUCCGUGGCAGAAGAACUCAAAAAUCCACCAGUAAGUGAAGACCUUGACGAAGAGGACGAGGUUGAUGAGGAUUUAGGAAAGAAUGUGAAGGAGAACGACCAAAGUAUUGUCGAUUCAAACCAGUCUGUCGUUGCUGCCAGCGGUGUAAUCGAUGGUACAACUCCAACACACGCAGUUCAAAGUAAACCUGGUGAAGCAGAAAAUACUAAAACAGAGGUAAAAACUACCGAGGCAAAGGCUGACGAACCAACAUGGUCUGAGAAAUUCUUCAUUGGAUCAGAAAAUGCUAAAAGAAAAAAGGUGCUAGAUAAACAAACUGCACCGGCGGGCUCAGCUCUAACAAAAUCGUCUCCAACAAAAGAUGAUCCAGUGAAAAACAAUUUAGCCCCAACUUUCAGUGGCUUUUCUCAAGGAUCGAUAGCAGAUGAUGUGCCAAAUGCAAAGGAGGCUACCCAAGAGUCAGACGAUAUUCAUAAUUCGAGUGAGCCGGAGGAAAAAAACAAGGACAGCUAUUUUAAAGAAGUUUUCUAA